AAGGUAUUACAUCACUAAAAGUAAUGUUUACAAAAUGGCCUUUGCUUGGUAUAUUCUGAAAGGUAACCGUGUUUUGCACUAUUUUGCAAUUUUUAAACAACUUUUACCGUGCCGUUUAUUAUAAAUUUUGUAUAACUUAUGGUAUCUCCUCAAGCUUAAGUAGAGACAAAUUUCAAAGUGAUAGCCACUAUCUAACACGUUUGCAGAGAACUCAUUUUACCAUUAAUCUUAAUAAAAGAAAAUCAAACUAUUGGCUAACAAUUAUAAAACAUAAAAUAUAAAUGUCAAUACCAUUUUUUUCUAUGGUGCCUCAAGUAAACGGAUCUAAUGAGACAGAAUUCAUACUUCAACAUUGAAAAAAUAUGGUCGAAUGCUGUGUUUCUGUUUUGAAUUUUGCUUACUCCAUUUAAAAAUAACCUUAAGGCAAACGUAAAACCUACCUAAAUUUCUUCCACAAUAUAUAAUCUAAGAGUGAAAGCAAAAUAGAGAACUUUUACCACGUGUAACUCAAUAUUUUUAAAGAUGUCUAGCUCUACCCCUUCUGUUUAAGUAGUAAAUUCACUUUGAACACCAAGAACUUGCUUAUAAGACUCACCUUUUUCCAUUUUUGUACACGAAAUCAAUAAUAAAUCUUGGAAGAAGUAAAAACUUACUAGAAAAAAAAGGAAAAUAAGGAAAAAUAAAUUUGGUCCCAGUAGGGCUUGAACCUACGCCCCCCUAAGAAUUGCAGUAAAAGUAGGUUUAUGGUAGGAAUUGAAUACUCUUCAUAAAGGAGGUUCUCUAUUAGUGAUCUAAUACUUUAACAUUUAUAUAUAUAUGUAUAUAUGGACGACUACUAUUCGAUUAUGGCUCGCUCAAUAUGCUUUACCGUAAUACGGAUGGAUAGAAUUUCGCCACAGCCGACGAUAGGUGGCGUGAGGGGUGUACCUAUUCUGAACAGACUCGAUCAAAACGAGCCUGCUAUUAUUGUGCUUGGUUGCAUUCUUUGCUUCGAAAGGAUCGUCUCAUAUGAGGAAAACAAAAACAUUGUGAAAUCGCGAUAAAUCUUUAAGAAACUACUUCAGUCUACAAAAUCUCAAAAAUAUGUGCCUUUAAAGUAAAUAACUGACUGCCAGAAUUACACCUCAAUCUUUAUACAUGUAUCAAGCUAGAAUAUUCAUCGGCGUUAAAGAUUUAAUCCAAGAACAUAAGUCGAAUAUGAGUAGUUUAUCAUAACUAAAAAUUCGAUUCCUUUUCAUUCAGGUUUAAGGUUUUUCUUAUUUCUCUGGAACAGCUCAAAUAAGAAAAACAAAAUCUGGGAUUAUCAGUUAAUGUCUUACAUGUAAACAUAAUCUUUAGCUGGAGUUAACGACAAUUUUAGCUGUAUAAUUUUCUUGGCCUUUAUUCUUAAAGAAAAAAAGAAAUAAAAAGUAACAUCGGUUGAAGGCUGGUGUCGGAAAAUAGAUAUUACCACGUUUAGAGCAUUUGUUGUUUUUCUCCAUUUUUUUUUGUUUCAGGAUUUUAUGAUAACGAUAAUAUUCUGUGUAAAAUGGCAACUGGCAAAACAAAAGAACUGCCGAUUAACGCCCAGGUAGAUGUGAACCUAGGGCCAGAGUCUAUAAAUGGAAAGCCAAUAACAAGCGUCUUUUAAUACUGCAGAAAAAGAAGCCAUGGAAACACAAAGGGACAUUGAAAGUGUUAAAGACAAUCCAGACACUAAUGAAAAUGAAAGUUUACCGAUAGAUCGAGGAUGGGCAUGGAUAGUACUCGCUGGAGCAGCAUUUUACUUGGCAAUAUUUGGAGGUAUUAAGAAGAAUUUUGGAAUCAUUUUCGUGGCCAUCCAGGAUAGAUUCGGAUCAACGGCCUCUGUCACGUCUCUCCUAACAACUAUGCAAAACCUUGUCAUGAGUUUUUCGUCCUUGUUUAUUAUUACGACUGUUGGAACAGAGUUCUUGUCCAGCCGUAUGUCCAUCACGCUUGGGGCUUUGGUUUUCACUACAUCUCACAUCAUAUCAGCAUUCUCUACAGGUAUACACAUGUUGUUUGCAUCAGUUGGAUUUCUUGAAGGUUUAGGAACUGCCAUAAGUUAUCCAUCAGUCAUAGCCACGAUUGGAGAAUAUUUCGAUAAAAGGCGUGGACUGGCCACUGGUUUGGCCUUUUGUGGAUCUAAUGUCGGCUGGUUUAUUUUGGCUCCUAUCUUGUCGGCGUUAUUUGAGGACAUCGGGUAUUCCGGAACGUUUAUGAUAAUAGCUGGGGUGACAUUGAAUAUACUGGUAACUGCUGCUUUAUUAAGGCCAGUUAAAUCGUUCAAACGGCAUAAAUUGAUAACAAAAAAAAAAACAACAGAAGAAACAACUAAGGAUAUCAAGGACGGUGGGGAUAUCCUAGAAAGUGAAAACCUUCUUCCAGUGAAAGAUAAUGUGAUAUUAAGCAGUACAAACAGUAUUGAAAAUGGAGUUCAAUCUGAAAGGAAUAAAACAGAUGAGAUUCUGACACAGUUAGUGUUAGAAAAAGAGAACAAAGGAAAAAUGAAAGUGAGUGCAGACGGCACACGGUCUACAUCGGAAAUCAUUUGUUUUGAUCUAUGUGAUCAACAAUCACAUACAAAGUCAAGCUCACCGUUAUUACCACGAAACACCGCAUGUUCUCUUGGUAACAGGCGAACAAGUAUCUCGUCACAAAACUCACAAAAGGGGCUGUCCCCCUUGAAUAGUCUUGCUGUCUCGUUAUCAAGGUCACAACUAGCCCUAUGUUCUAGUGUAGAUAUAAUCUGCGGACCCGUCAUUGACACCCCGGACAUCCCAGCGGAAAAUAUACAAGAAAACAAAAAUAAAGACAAGAAAGCUUCAUUUCGGAGAAGACUGAAUGCCUCAUACGACUUAACCUUGUUCAGAUCAGUCGUGUUUCCGGUGUUCUUACUUAUGGCGGCCAUGAUGGCGCCAACAACUCUUCUUCUUCCAGUGUUUUUAGCUCCAUUAUCUAGAGAUCUCGGUUUAAGUGCAGAACGAACUGGAUUACUGAUGUCAAUUAUAGGUGGUGUCGGGAUGUUCUCUAGAAUUCUUUGCGCUUUAUUUGCCGACAGAAAAUAUGUGAAAUUGACUACACUGUUAGCUGUGGUAUCAACACUUGCUGGGGUAACAACGCAUUGUGUUAGAUUCAUCAAGACCUUUCCUUUGCUGUAAUAUUUGGAUUAUGUUGUGAAAUCUACCAAUCGAUGUAUCCCGUUAUUCUUGUGGAGUACCUGACGUUACCAAAACUGAAGAGCUGUAUCGGGUUUACGUUGUUGUGUCACGGUGUAGCAGCCGCGUCUACAUUUCCAGUUAUUGGUUCGUUCAGAGACGCUACAGGAAAUUACAUCGCAUCGUAUCACUUUCUGGGAACCAUGUCUUUUGUAGGGGCACUUUUAGCAUUGUCUUUGCCAUAUCUUCAUAGAAGACAGAAAAAGGACGUGAGAGUAUGAAGACUAAAAGGCUUUGUGUUUUUACUAUGUUGAUAACAGAUGAGAACGAAGUUGUGUUGAUUUUAUCUUCAUAAACUAAAGUAAACGAAAGUGAAAUUCAGAAGAUCAUAUGUAUUUUGUUUGUUUUUUAGCUCACCAGAGCACAAAGUGCUCAAGGUGAGCUAUUGUGACCGGUCAUUGUCCGGCGUCCGUCGGCGUUCGUCGUGCGUCAGUGCGUCGUCCGUCGUGCGGCGUCCGUCAACAUUUGCCUUGUGAACACUCUAUACAUUUGUGUCCCAAUCUUUAUGAAACUCGGUCAGAAUGUUAGUCUUGAUGAUCUCUAGGUCAAGAUCGAAACUGAGUCAUGUUGGGUCAAAAACUAGGUCAGUAGGCCAGAUCAAAGGAAAAGCUUGUGAACACUCUAGAGGCCACAUUUGUGACCCAAUCUUUAUGAAACUUGGUCAGAAUGUUGGUCUUGAUGAUAUCUAUGUCAAGUUUGAAACAAGGUCAUGUUGGGUCAAACACUAGGUCAGUAGGCUAGAUCAAAAGAAAAGCUUGUGAACACUCUAAAUGCCACAUUAGUGACUCAAUCUUUAUGAAACUUCGUCAGAAUGUUAAUCCUUAUGAUCUCUUGGUCAGGUUUGAAACUGGGUCAUGUGGAGUCAAAAACUAGGCCAGUAAGCCAGAUCAAAGGAAAAACUUGUGAACACUUUAGAUGCCACAUUUUGAUCCAAUCUUUAUGAAACUUGGUCAGAAUGUCUUGAUGAUUUCUGGGUCAAGUUUGAAUCUGGGUCAUGUGGGGUCAAAAACUAGGUCACACGGUCAAAUCAAAGGAAAAGCUUGUGAAUACUUUAAAGGACACAGUUGUAACUCCGUCGUUUUUAGCUCAUCUGAUUUUUUUGAAAAAAAAAUGAUGAGUUAUUGUUAUCACUUGAUCGGCGUCGGCGUCGGCGUUGCCUGGUUAAAUUUUAUGUUUAGGUCAGCUUUUCUCUUAAACUAUCAAAGCUAUUGCUUUGAAGCUUGCAACACUUGUUCACCAUCAUAAGCUGACCCUGUACAGCAAGAAACAUAACUCCAUCCUGCUUUUUGCAAGUUUUAUGGCCUCUUUUGUACUUAGAAAAUAUCAGAUUUCUUGGUUAAGUUUUAUGUUUAGGUCAACCUUUUCUCUCAGACUAUCAAAGCUAUUGCUUUGAAACUUGCAACACUUGUUCACCAUCAUAAGCCGACCCUGUACAUCAAGAAAUAUAACUCCAUCCUGCUUUUUGCAAUAAUUAUUGCCCCUUUUGGACAUUAGUUUUCUUGGUUGAGUAUUAUGUUUAAGUCAGCUUUUCUCAUAAACUACCAAAGCUAUUGCUUUAAAACUUGCAACAGUUUUUCACUAUCAUAAGCAGACACUGUACAUCAAGAAACAUAACUCUAUCCUGCUUUUUGCAAGAAUGAUGGCCCUUUUUAGACUUAGAAAAUCAUGGGUAGGACAAUAUUUCUAUAAUACAAAAAAAAUCAGAUGAGCGUCAGCACCCGCAAGGCGGUGCUCUUGUUAAACUGGGUCAGAAUGUUUGUCUUAAUAUUUCUAGGUCAGAUUUGAAACUGGGUCAUGUGGGGUCAAAAACAAGUCACUAGGCAAGAUCAAAGGAAAAGCUUGUGAACACUCUUGAGGUUACAGUUGUGACCCAAUAUUUAUGAAACUUUUUCAGAAUGUUUGCCUUGAUGAUCCCUAGGUCAGUUUUGAAACAAGGUCAUGCAGGGUCUAAAAGUAGGUCAGUAGGCCAGAUUAAAGGAAAAGCUUGUGAACACUCUAUAGGCCACAGUUGUGACUCACUCUUUAUGGAACUUGAUCAGAAUGCUUGUCUUGAUGAUCUCUAGGUCAGGUUGAAUCAAAAACUAGGUCACAUGGUCAAUCAAAGGCAAAGCUUGUGAACACUCUAAAAGCUAUAGUUGUGACUCAUUCUUUAUGAGACUUGGUCAGAAUGUUUGCCUUGAUAAUCUCUAGGCUAAAUUUGAAACUUGGUCAUGUGGAGUAAAAAACAAGGUCAGUAGACCAGAUCAAAGGAAAAGCUUGUGAACACUCUAGAGGUCACAGUUGUGAUCCAAUAUUUAUGAAACUUUGCCAGAAUGUUUACAUUGAUGAUCUCUAUGUCAGUUAUGCGGAGUCUAAAAGUAGGUCAGUAGGCCAGAUCAAAGGAAAAGAUUGUGAAUACUCCAUAGGCCACAGUUGUGACUUAAUCUUUAUGAAACUCGGUUAGAAUGUUUGUCUUGAUGAUCUAUCGGUUAAAUUCGAAACUAGUUCAUGUGUGGUAAAAAAAAACUCGGUCUGUAGGCCAGAUCAACUCUGGUGAUCGAUAUAUAGGGCCAUCAUGUCCCUCUUGUUUUUUUAAAGAAAGAAAAGGAAUCAUACAAUGCAGAUUGGACGUUUUCAGUGUGUCCGUCCGUCCUUUCGCAGCCAUAUAUCCAAGUAAAAGUUUGUUACCUUGAGUUGAUAUUUAGUGGUUUUCAUUUUUGUAACUAUGCAUGAAUUGCAAAAGUCUAUGCCAACAUGCUGAUCUUUGUAGGCGAGUACUCUUAUAAAAUAUUUGCUCCAAAAUAAACUAAAAUGGUUAAAAGCAAUGCAUUAGGGUCUAGAAAGAUACGAACAAUUUACAAAUAAAAUAUUUAUCUUGUUUGACAUUUAGAAACGAUUAUUUCGUAAAACUAUCGACAAUUAAAAACUUGUAUAAAAUGUAUAGAUUACAAUGAAUUUCCAACAUCAGUAAAUAAAGAUGCAUACAUGACUCAUUUAUUUUAAUCGCAGUUAAAAUAAUGACGGUAAUAGCAUAUUUACAUCAUUUUGUGGUAUUUUCGAAACUUUUAUUUUGAAGUACUUGUACAUAAAUGUUGUAAAAUUAGUCAAUAUAACUUAUAGCUAUUAUGUUAUCCUCGUUAAAUAAAGUUUUUAUUAUUGUUGUUGCUGUUUUGUAUUAUUUGUUUUGAGUUUUGAGGACUAUUUGCUAGACUGGCUUAUAGCCAAUUAAAUUAAAUGACUUCUUAACUAAACCGCAGUUCUAUAGCUAUGCUUUUUAUCAGUCAAAAAUUUAGCCUGCGUUAGUUGGGCUAUAGUCAAAAUUAACAAACAAAACUUGAAUUAUGUUUUAGAUGUCAUGUUAGAACACAUUUAUUCAAUAA